AUGGUGAAAGAAAAGAUGAAGAAGAUUAAUAGGUGGAAUGAGAAAUAUCUAACUAGAGUUGGUAAGGAAGUCCUGGUCAAGGCCAUUGCGCAAGCAAUACCCUGCUAUGUCAUGAGCUACUACAAACUUCCCAUUAAGGAGAUUAAGGCAAUGCCCACUAGUUUAAGGAUUCUUAAUGACAAGUCGUCUUUGCUUAGCAAAGUUCUUAAAGGGAAGUACUUCCCUCGUUGCUCCAUAGCUGAGGCAUCAAUGGGACACUCUCCUAGCUUUGUGUGGAGAAGUAUCCUAGGGUAUAGGGAGACGUUUGAAAAUGGUACGUGA